UCAAACCGUAAAUUAUCAAUUCUCUUCUUCCAGACUUCUCACUGAACAAAAUACUAAAAUGAAAACAAAAUCUAUACUAGUAUUGCAGUAAAACCAAAACAAAAGUUUCUGCUACAUUUUGAAGCAUACUAGCAUUGCCAUUACUGCUAGCUUGUCACUCCAUCUCCUUCAUCCUACAUGGAAACUCCAUACCCAGAACCUAUAUCGCCCUCACGUACCCGUAUCGGGUGGAUUGGCGUCGGAGUUAUGGGUGCCGCCAUGGCUUCUCACCUCCUUUCCGCCGGCUACUCUCUCACCAUCUACGCUCGUACUCCCUCUAGAUGCCUCCCUCUUCAAGCCCAGGGAGCCCGUCUGGUCCCCUCGCCGCACGACCUCGCUCGUUCGUGCGAUGUUGUUUUCACCAUGCUGGGUAACCCACAAGAUGUUCGAGAAAUUGUCCUGGGUCCCAACGGCUUGCUUUCUGGCCUAAAUUCCGGUGCCGUCAUCGUUGACACAACCAGCAGCCACCCUUCUCUGGCUCGGGAGAUUUUCACGGCCGCGCGCGCCAAAGGCUGCUGGUCUGUGGACGCGCCGGUAUCUGGAGGCGACAUUGGCGCGAGAGAAGGAAAGCUUGCUAUCUUUGCUGGAGGUGAAUGCGAAGUGGUGGAGUGGUUAUCGCCGUUGUUUAAAUUCAUGGGAAAGGUUACGUAUAUAGGUGAGGCGGGUUGUGGGCAAAGUUGCAAGAUAGCAAAUCAGGUUAUUGGGGGGGCGAAUUUGCUUGGGUUGAGUGAAGGUUUUGUGUUUGCAGAGACAGGGUUGGAUGUGGGAGAAUUUAUGGAGGCAGUGAGAGGUGGGGCUGCUGGGUCAAUGGCUAUGGAGUUGUUUGGGGAGAGGGUGAUUGGGAAGGAUUUUAGGCCAGGUGGGUUCACUGAAUAUAUGGUGAAGGAUUUGGGCAUGGGUGUUGAUGUUGUAGAGGAGGAUGAGGAUAAGAGGGUGGUUGUGUUACCUGGUGCUGCAUUGUGCAAGCAGCUCUUCUCUGCAAUGGUGGCAAAUGGAGAUGGGAAGCUUGGCACCCAAGGUCUUAUCACAGUCAUAGAGAGGAUCAAUGGCAAGUAAGAUGCAGCAUCUACGUACAUAACAAUUUAGUAAAUCCGUGGAAAAGCAAUGGAAGAGAAUUUCUUACUUUUAAUGGGGCGAGAUGAUGUGGGUUUCAACGAGAACCUGCACGAUUUGAAGAAAAUUGUUUUUACACAAACCGGCUCCAGGUUGAGGCAAUUUUGGAAAAUUCAACAAACUUCAUGCGACAAUUCAUCAUAUAAUAUACCAAAUUAUAAAUAAUGUGUUGUACCAAGUUUACAAUCCCUAUAAAUGCAUAAAAAGUAUUGAGAUACAUCCA